GGUCGCUGUCUUGUGUUUGGCCGCGAUGGGUAAAGCUCGCAAGAGGCAUAACUGGAAGGCGCGUUUGCCGGACGAAUCCGGGCAGCGGGAUGUGCCAGUUCAGGAGACCGUGCAGCUGGAACUGGGGGAUGAAACCACCUUGAAAGGGGUGGACGCCAGCAACGCCUUGGUCCUUCCACCACGAACGGCCAAAGGGCCAAAAAAGGUGUCCGAGAAACACCCAGAAAAGAAGCCCCUCAGCAAGAAGCGGAAGAAGCUUCUGCAGAAAGUUCUGGAGCAGAAGGGGAAAAAAGAAAAGCGUGCCGAGUGGCUCAGGAAGUUGAGUGAAGUCCAAGCUCCUGAAUCUGAAAUGAAGCUGUUGUAUACCACGUCUAAGCUGGGGAUGGGAAAGCGCAUGUUCCAGCAGAAGCGGACAGUCCAAGAAGUGAGCGCCUCCUGUCCAGAAAGAAUUAGGAGCGUUGGGGGUGCAAACAGGAAAAUAAGCAGACUUGAACUAGAUGUCAAGGAGGAGGAGGAGGAGGAAGGCUCAAGUGAGCAGGAAACAGAGCCAGAAGACCAGGCGCAAAAGGACACCCCGUUGAUCCUGAAUGUUGCUUCAGCACCACUCCAGCAGCCCACAGAUGUCGCCACGGAUCCACCCAGCACGCCCAAGCCACGUGGUCCAGCUUCCAAGCCCUCUUCGGAGCCUGCGGUCUUCAUUCCUGUGGACAGAGCUCCCGAGAUUCAGGAAGCCAGGCUGAAGCUCCCGAUCCUUGCCGAAGAGCAAGUCAUCAUGGAAGCCAUUAACGAGAACCCCGUGGUCAUUAUAUGUGGAGAGACCGGCAGCGGCAAAACUACUCAAGUGCCCCAAUUUCUCUAUGAAGCAGGCUAUGCCAGCUCCAAUGGUAUCAUCGGCAUCACAGAACCCCGGCGUGUUGCAGCUGUGUCCAUGUCCCAGCGUGUCGCAAAGGAGAUGAAUUUGUCACAUAGGACCGUUUCAUACCAGAUCCGUUACGAAGGCAACGUGACCACCGAGACCAGCAUCAAAUUCAUGACUGACGGUGUUCUGUUAAAAGAAAUCCAGAAGGAUUUCUUGCUGUCCAAGUAUCGCGUCGUUAUUCUCGAUGAAGCUCACGAAAGAAGCGUGUACACGGAUAUCCUCAUUGGCCUCCUGUCUCGCAUCGUGCCCCUUCGGGCCAAGAAGGGGCGUCCACUGAAGCUGAUUAUUAUGUCUGCCACUCUGCGUGUGGAAGACUUCACCAGCAACACAAAACUGUUCCGUACACCUCCUCCAGUUAUACAGGUGGACGCGCGGCAGUUUCCUGUGGCAGUUCACUUUAACAAGAGAACCCCGCUGGACGACUACACUGGGGAGUGUUUCCGGAAGGUUUGCAAAAUUCACCGAAUGCUGCCCUCAGGAGGCAUUUUGGUGUUCCUCACUGGCCAGGCCGAAGUGCAUUCGCUCUGCAGGAGGCUGAGGAAGUCUUUUCCUUUCCACAGGAAUGCGCCUCGAGGUGGCGAAGAGAAGGAGGAUUCAGUGGAAGAAAUGAAGAAAUUUAAGAAAGCCAAACGCAGCAAAAAAGUGGUACGUGUGACAACACUACCUAACAUUGAUCUGGAUAACUACUCUGUUAUGCCGGUUGACGAAGGAGACGAGGACAGAGAGGCUGGCGACGAGGAUGACGAAGAUGCGGACCUUGCGGGCUCAGAUCUGGAUCUUGACUUGGGAGACAACGGCUUAGAAGAUGAGAAACCAGACUCUUCUCUUCCGCUGUACGUUCUUCCGCUGUACUCCUUACUGGCGCCAGAGAAACAAGCCAAGGUUUUCAGGCCCCCUCCUCCUGGGACAAGGUUGUGCGUCGUGGCCACCAACGUGGCCGAAACGUCUCUGACGAUCCCCGGCAUCAAGUACGUGGUGGACUGCGGGAAGGUCAAAAAGCGUUUCUACGACAAAAUCACCGGGGUUUCAUCUUUCAAAGUCACCUGGACGUCUCAGGCUUCCGCCAACCAGCGGGCCGGCCGAGCAGGCCGCACGGAACCGGGCCACUGUUACAGGCUGUACUCUUCGGCCGUCUUCAGCGACUUCGAGAAGUUCACUCCUCCGGAGAUCACCAGGCGACCCGUUGAAGAUUUGAUUUUGCAGAUGAAGGCGCUGAAUAUCGAAAAGGUGGUCAACUUCCCUUUCCCGACACCCCCACCAACGGACGCGCUUGUAGCGGCUGAGGAGUUGCUUAUCGCUCUGGGGGCCUUGCAGGAGCCCCCCAAGUCUGGAAGGCCAAAGAAACUCCAAGAAGCAAAGCUGAGCUGUCCCAUCAGCCCCCUGGGGGGCACCAUGGCAUCGUUUCCGGUGGCGCCCCGUUACGCCAAGAUGCUCGCCCUCAGCAGACAGCACAACUGCCUGCCCUACAUGAUCACCUUAGUGUCUGCCUUGACAGUUCGUGAAAUUUUUGAAGAGUUUGACAGGCCUGCCGUGAGCGAAGCCGAGCAGGAGAUGCUCAAGGGGAAGAAGGCGCGGGUGGUACAGAUGCAGCGGAUCUGGGCUGGGCAAGGACCCUCUCAGAAACUGGGAGACCUCAUGGUAAUGCUAGGAGCCGUGGGUGCCUGUGAAUACGCCGGAUGCACGCCCAGCUUCUGCACCGCGAACGGCCUGCGCUACAAAGCCAUGGUGGAAAUCAGGCGUUUGCGGGGGCAGCUCACGACGACAGUGAACUCCAUCUGCUCCGAUGCCGGCCUCUUUGUUGACCCCAAAAUGAAGCCCCCGACAGAGGCCCAGGUGACCUACUUGCGGCAGAUCGUCUUGGCGGGGCUCGGAGACCACGUCGCCCGAAGGAUCCAAGCAGAGGAGCUCCUUGAUGAGAAGAGAAAAAAUGGUUACAAGACUCCCCUUUUGGAUGAUCCAGUCUUCAUCCACCCCAACUCCAUCCUCUUCAAACAGCUGCCCGAGUUCGUGGUCUAUCAGGAAAUCGUCGAAACCACCAAAAUGUACAUGAAAGGUGUUUCAGCCGUCGAGCCAGAAUGGAUUCCUCUCCUCUUGCCUAUGUACUGCCACUUUGAAAAGCCACUAGAACAUCCUCCCCCCUCUUACUGUCCUGAAACGGGCAACAUCAAAUGCCACAGGCUGAGCGUCUUCUAUCGAGUAGGAUGGCCGCUCCCUGCCGUGGAGGUGGAUUAUCCGGAAGGCAUUGAUCGCUACAAAUACUUUGCCAGGUUCUUACUGGAAGGGAAGGUCUUUAAGAAGCUGGGCUCCUUCACCCGCUGCCUGCUGUCUAAUCCAGUCAUAAUGCUGAAAUCAUGGUCCAAACUCCAACCGAGGACAGAAUUCCUCCUGAAAGCGCUGGUGUCCGAAAAUGCCGAUAACCGGGAUGCCUUGCUUGCCGCCUGGAACAGGAACCCAGAAUAUUUGUUGGAGGAAUAUUGCCAGUGGGUUCCGGAAGCGGCGCGUGAAAGCGUAUCUAAAAUCUGGCCACCGGUAACACCAUGAACUGCCAAGUGAGUUUGCUGUCCCCCCUCCACAAAGGUUUCUCCUAGAGCUUAGCUGCAAAGACCCAACAGAAAAAGAGAAAUCCUUAUUUGCAAGGAAGAGACUGGCUUAUUCACGGACACACAGGCAGUCUGCACUCUGCAGUUGCCUGCAUGGGUUCCUUGCAGUGCCUUUGCAUCGAUGAGCAACUUGCAUACGUUUUACUGGAAAGGAGCAGAUCCACAGGUGCGAAAGAACAUGCACGCAGGUGCUCUUCUUCCCUAGGUACAAAUGGGGAUAUCGUUUAUGUGCAUUUGUUGGAGGUCUGAUCCACACCGUUUAAAAACAAGCACGACGUCACCAGACCAUAGUGAACAUAUCUGUGGUGCGCAAAUGUGCUUUGGUGCUUAGCGAGUAUGAAAAAAAUGAGGGGUGUGAGGUUUAAUUGUGAGCCUGGCGGCUUGACCUCUGUACUCCUGGGUUUCAUGGCAGCGGAGAGAGUGGCGAACUUUGCUGAGAAACACACGUUCAAGGACGUACAAAUCAGGACAGAGAGCAAACUAACAGAAAAUAAACACAACAGGCUUUAAGCAUAGGGGAAAGAAUGUGCCUGUUUUUGUAAGUUAUGAGGAUCCCACUUCCGUCCUGACGGACAGUGUUCACAGCGUCCCUGAACCUCAAGGAAGAGCAUGAUAACCUCAAGGAUAUUCUGUCCUUCUUGCAAAACGAUACAGCCUAAAAGCUUUUUAUCUCCAAAGGAAAAACAACAACACAAGAUUAAAAACAGUGAAAAAUUAUCCAACAAGAAGCCAUCAUGAACGCUGCUAGUGGAAUGCUGGGGUGAUCUUCUAUAGACAUCAAGUUGUGGUCUUUAUUUCCGUGUCCAACUUGAAAUCAAAGCUUGCAGAUGACCUUGAAAUUGCUCUU